AUGCUGGAGCUUCCACGAUCCAAGAUUGACGUUAGUGGAUUCUUGAGCAGUGAAGCACGCCUUCGACAGCCAUCUUCGUUGAAAGUCGGAACUACUGGCCUGCCGCCCAGCAUCAUCAGUCUCAGUGCUGGGAGACCAUCACCGGAUUUUUACCCUUUCUUGGGCAUAGACGUUACGAGCAUCAAUCCGCAAUCUGCGGUCCCAGUCGAUGAAACACUAGCACAAAUGGGUGAACCAUUCUGUUCUGACUCGAUCAAGAUCAGCCUACCAAGGAAAGACCCAGGAGCCGCGAGUGACCUUUCAACAGCUUUAUCCUACGGCUAUUCCCUGGGACAGGAGCAACUAGUUCAAUUUCUGAUGACACAUAUUUCUCACAUUCACUCACUACCGUACUCGGACUGGGAGGUCUGUAUCACAGCGGGCAACACAUCUGCCCUGGGGAUUGCGUUUCGAAACCUUGCUAGAUCAGGGGGCUUUCUUUUGGUUAAGCAAAGACUUACUCGGCCACCAUUGAAGCAGCAAAACCGUUAG